AUGGCCCCUACUCCGAAGCAGUAUGACUAUAUUGUCAUUGGUGGUGGUAGUGGUGGCUCAGGCGCAGCCAGAAGAGCCAGUGGCUGGUAUGGCAAGAAGACUGCCAUUAUAGACGCUGGCCUCUCUGGCGGCUGUUGCGUCAAUGUUGGUUGCGUACCGAAGAAAAUGACCUUGAACUACGCCUCUAUAUCGGAGGCCAUAUCAGCUGGAAAGCACUAUGGCUACAACAUCGAAGGAGUUACUCAGGAUUUUGCCUCGUUCGUCGAGAAGCGCCACGCACGAAUAAAAGUCCUAAACGGAGCAUAUGAGAGCAAUUGGGCAAAAGAAGGCAUCGAGCUGAUUAAGGGAACAGCCACAUUUAUUUCCGAACACGAAAUGGAAGUCAAGCCUAAAGAUGGAGGCGAACCGUUCAGGAUAACUGCCCCUCACAUCACCGUUGCUACCGGUAGCCAUCCUUCGAAGCCAAAAGAUAUCAAGGGAAGCGAACAUGGCAUAUCGUCUGAUGAGUACUUCUCCAUAAAAUAUCCUCCCAAGAAGAUGGUCUUUGUGGGUGGUGGCUACAUUGCUGUUGAGCUUGCUGGUGUCAUGCACGCUAUGGGCGUCGAGUGUCAUCUGUUCAUCAGGCAUAACACUUUCCUACGGAAGUUCGAUGAAAUGAUUCAGGAGACGUUGACAAAUCAUUACGAAGAAAUGGGCAUUCACGUUCACAGAAAUCACCCUGGCAUAAAGGAGAUGGUCCAGCUCAACCCAGCCAAGGACGAUACCGACCCUAGAGAGAAGAAACUCAAACUCAUCAUGAACGAUGGUAGCGAAAUGGAAACUAACGAGUUGCUCUGGGCCAUUGGUAGAGCUCCCGAGAUUGAAGAGCUUGACUUGGACAAGAUCGGCAUGAAACGUGGGAAGUCAGGCCAUAUCACUGUGGACAAAUACCAGAACACGUCCGUCGAAGGUGUCUACGCAAUCGGCGAUGUUACUGGUCAGGCGGAGCUUACCCCUGUGGCCAUUGCAGCAGGCCGCAAACUUGGUAAUCGCCUGUUUGGUCCUCCUGAGCACAAGAACGACUAUCUCGAUUACGACCGCAUCCCAUCUGUCAUCUUCUCCCAUCCAGAAGUUGGUAGCAUAGGUCUGUCGGAAUCAGAAGCCGAAAAGAAGUACGGAAAGGAGAAUCUGAAGGUGUACAACACCAAGUUCUCCGCUAUGUUUUAUGAUGUAUACCCACCAGAGGAGAAGAAAAAGAACCCAACACAAUUCAAGGUCAUCUGUACAGGACCUAACGAAGAGAUAGUUGGCUUGCAUAUACUAGGCAAAGGUUGUGAUGAGAUGAUGCAAGGCUUCGGAGUGGUGGUAAGAAUGAGAGGCACGAAGCAAGAUUUGGACAACUGCGUUGCUAUACAUCCUACCUCUGCGGAGGAGUUGGUGACGUUGAGAUAG